AUGAGUCAAGAAACACUUAAUGGAAUCAAUGGAAUAUUAUCAGAUGUAUAAAGUUUUGGAUAAGAGAGUUAUAGAUUCAUCAGAAAAUGUACAAAGCCAGAUAAAAGAGGUAUGUAUUGUAUUGAAUUAAGAAUAUAUAAAAAUUGCAACAUCAUGUGCUAUUGGAUUUGCAGUGAUGGGAGCUGUGGGAUACUUUAUAAAAUUAGUGUUCAUUCCAAUAAAUAAUAUAAUUUUAAGUGCAAACUGA